AUGGCACCAUGCCGUGCGCCCUUCAUCCCACGUCUCCUCUUUCCCUUCCCUCGUACCAUCCCGUCCUGGUACGCGGGGCACAUGUAUCGCGCCAUGCGUUCGCUGCCCGCGCUGCUGGCGCGCCAGCCGCCGCCGCUCGUCGUCGAGGUGCGCGAUGCGCGCCUGCCGCUCAGCAGCAUCAACCCGGCGUUUGAGAUGCUGCUGCGCCAGCGGGCGCGCGCCGAGGGCGACGAGGAGUGGCGCCAUCGGCGCCUGGUCGUGUAUGCCAAGCGCGACCUCGUCGAUGCGGCCAUCUGCGAGCCUCUGCGCGAGGCAUUCCGCAAGUACGGCGACGGGCAAGAGGUGCUCUUCGUCGACACGCGCCGCGACUCGGACGUGCGCAAGAUCAUGCAGUGGGUGCAUGCGCGCGCCGCCGCGCUCAGCACGUCCGACGAGCUGCCGGCCUCGCCGCGCUCCCUGCCGCGCUCGGCGCGUGCACAGAACCUGACGGGCGCGUUCAAGCACACGCCCACGCCCGAGGUGGGCGCGCGACUCGUCAUCGUGGGCAGCCCAAACGUGGGCAAGAGCAGCCUGCUGAAUGCGCUGCGACGCGUGGGCACGGGCAAGGGCAAGGCGGCCUCGACGGCGCCCGAGCCGGGCCACACGCGCAAGCUGACGGGCACGGUGCGCAUCACCAAGGCCGGCCAGGCCUCCGUUCGUGCCGCAUCCGCAGCAGCGCGUGAAGCCGAUGGCGCAGAGGAGGCGUCUGGCUCUGACGACGCCUCGGCUGCGCUCUUCGAGCUUGGCGUCGACGAGGCGCCCGCGCCGGGAGCGAAGAGUCAGACGCCGGUGUACGUGUACGACACGCCGGGCAUCAUGGUGCCGUACCUGGGGCGCGGCGCGUCGGGCGCGGAAAAGGGCAUCAAGCUCGCCGUGGCGGCGGGCAUGAAGAGCAGUCUCUUCGACGUGCAGGUGCUUGUCGACUACUUGCUGUUCCGCCUGAAUCUGCGGCAUGGCUGGGACGAACAUCAGUGGCGGCGCAACGGGGGAACGGGAGACGCGCCCCAGCCGCGCUACGUCACGCACCUGCCCAUGCCCAAGCAGCAAGCCGCCUCUUCGCAGCCGACAAAUGCCAUCGCCACGCUGCUCUCACUCGUCGCCGAGCGUGCCCCGGGAACACUGGGGCGCGGCGGCGAGCGCGACCUCGACGGCGCCGCUGCAUUCGUGCUGCAGCGCUGGCGCGAGGGCAAGCUGGGCGCAGGCUACGGAGAGCUGGACCUGGGCCUGUAUGAGCUGCCUGCCGAAGUUCCGCAGGGCGACACGAUGCUGAUGGAGGGCGAGGAGGGCGCAGAGGAACAAGUCGAGGAUCCGGAGACGAGGAGAGAGAGGCUGAUGGAGGAGCUCAAGCAGCGCGCGGACCCGGCGCUGCGCAUCGACGCCCUGGUGAGACGCCACUUUCAGGAACUGGCACGCGCCGAGCGCGCCGGCGUGGGCACUUCGCUCGGCCCGGCCCGCGGCGCAGGGCGUGACUCGCGGCGAGCCGAACGCGCCAGCGACACGCCCGACGACGCUUCGCUCGACGACGCCGCGAGCGCCGGCGCAGAGGCGCUGAUGAGUCGGCAUCAGAGCAAGAAGCGCGACAAGGCGCAGCUGCUCAAGCGCAAGAACGAGAAGCUGGCCGCCAAGGGCAUCGGCGCUCGUCCGCCACGCGGCAGCGCCCCAGGCGCUCGUCUCGCCGCACCGCGCUCUGCGGGCGCGGCCGCCGGCGCUGGCGUCGAGAAGAAGGGGCCCGUGAAGAUCCCCGGCCGCCUGCGCGCGGCGGCGGCGCAUGGUGCGCGCCGCCCGCUGAGCGCGCUGCUCAAGAGCAAGAAGAUGGGCAUGGCGCGCAGCGGCCCGCCGAGCGCGCGAAGCGGCGCGCCCGCUGGCGCGGGCAAGCCGAAACGCACGGGCGGCAAGCCGGCCAGGAGGCGCUGAUCGACGUAGAAGCCCGCCUCUGCCCCUCUUGCUUCGCCUUCCGUCCCCCCCCCCCCGCCGUA